CGAGGAACCCCUUGCUGAAAGCGGACAGCGGAGCGGCGGGCGGCGCGCGCGCGCGCGCCCGAGAGGCUGCUGUUGGAGAAGUGGCGCGGCGGCAGCGGGGGGAGGAGGAGGAGGGACUGAGCGGCGGCGGCCCCCGCGUCCCGGUGCCUCUAUGGGGGAAGCAGACAAUGGAUUAUGAUUUCAAGGCGAAGCUGGCGGCGGAGCGGGAGCGGGUGGAGGAUUUGUUUGAGUACGAAGGGUGCAAAGUGGGACGCGGCACCUACGGGCACGUCUACAAGGCGAGGCGGAAAGAUGGAAAAGAUGAAAAAGAAUAUGCACUGAAGCAAAUUGAAGGCACAGGAAUAUCCAUGUCGGCUUGUAGAGAGAUUGCACUUUUGCGAGAAUUGAAGCACCCGAAUGUGAUCGCAUUGCAGAAGGUGUUCCUUUCUCACAGUGACCGGAAGGUGUGGCUCCUGUUUGACUAUGCAGAGCAUGAUCUGUGGCAUAUUAUUAAGUUUCACCGUGCAUCAAAAGCAAAUAAAAAGCCCAUGCAGUUGCCAAGAUCCAUGGUUAAAUCAUUGCUUUACCAGAUUCUUGAUGGUAUCCAUUACCUCCAUGCAAAUUGGGUGCUUCACAGAGAUCUGAAACCAGCAAAUAUCCUAGUAAUGGGAGAAGGUCCUGAAAGGGGGAGAGUCAAAAUAGCUGACAUGGGUUUUGCCAGAUUGUUCAAUUCUCCUCUAAAGCCACUAGCAGAUUUGGAUCCAGUAGUGGUGACAUUUUGGUAUCGGGCUCCAGAACUUUUGCUUGGUGCAAGGCAUUAUACAAAAGCCAUUGAUAUAUGGGCAAUAGGUUGCAUAUUUGCUGAAUUGUUAACUUCAGAACCUAUUUUUCACUGUCGUCAGGAAGAUAUAAAAACAAGUAAUCCCUUUCAUCACGAUCAACUAGAUCGAAUAUUUAGUGUCAUGGGAUUUCCUGCAGAUAAAGAUUGGGAAGAUAUUAGAAAGAUGCCAGAAUACCCUACUCUUCAAAAAGACUUUAGAAGAACAACGUAUGCCAACAGUAGCCUCAUAAAGUACAUGGAGAAACACAAGGUCAAGCCCGACAGCAAAGUAUUCCUCUUGCUUCAGAAACUUCUUACUAUGGACCCAACCAAGAGAAUUACCUCAGAGCAGGCUCUGCAGGAUCCCUAUUUCCAGGAGGACCCCUUGCCAACUUUAGAUGUGUUUGCUGGCUGCCAGAUUCCAUACCCCAAACGAGAAUUCCUGAAUGAAGAUGAACCUGAAGAGAAAGGUGACAAGAAUCAACAGCAGCAGCAGAACCAACAUCAGCAGCCCGCAGCUCCCCUGCAGCAGGCAGCAGCUCCUCCCCCGGCGCCACCACAGCCGCAAAACAGCAGCACGCAGACCAAUGGGACGGCAGGGGGCGCUGGGCCUGGGGGCACUGGGGCUGGGCUGCAGCAUAGCCAGGACACCGGCCUUAACCAACUGCCUCCAAACAAGAAACCAAGGCUCGGGCCUUCAGGCGCAAGCUCAGGCGGGCCUGUUAUGCCGUCAGAUUAUCAGCACUCCACUUCACGCCUGAAUUACCAAAGCAGCGUUCAGGGAUCUUCUCAGUCCCAGAGCACACUCGGCUACUCCUCCUCCGCCCAGCAGAGCGCGCAGUACCACCCAUCGCACUCGGCCCACCGCUACUGAGCAUAGACUCAGCCCCACAAGUGCAUCCAAAAGAGCCAAAAAACGCCAACUCUGAUGCUGGCCAAAAACUCACACACUUAGGAGGAGCACUUGAUACGUAUUUGUCAGGUCUGAUACGUCUUCGUCUUCUUUAUCCAGUUAAAGAGGAUUCUUUUGAAGUUUCCCCCAACGCCCGUCCCCUGCACGUGUUCCAUGGUGAUCUCGGAUGGUCUGAUCCCAGUAGCUUCAGCAUUUCUUGGAAGGACUUUCUGGUACACCUUCCUCAUGCUGUAACAAUCAGCAUGCUCUGUCUUUUCAAAGCUCUUUUCAUAGGAUUUUAAUGUUUUAGAAACAGGAUUCCAGCGGUGCAUAGUUUUAUACUACAUGAACUGUUUUAGCAACGCAGGUGAAAAGGCACCUUUUAAAGCACUACGUUGUUUUCACAGGACAUCACUCUCUUGCUCAUGGAAGUCUUAAACAGAAACUGUUACUGUCCCAAAGUUCUUCACGAUUGUGUUUUUAUUUCUCUAGUUUCAGGGAAGGUGGAACAGAGGGAACCUCCAACCAAAAACAGCCUAGCCCUUUGCAGUUACUAUGCUUUAUGCCAUGAAGAACCGAAGUGUGCUGGAAUUUUAUAUAAUCAUAUAUAUGGAACUUAGUUCCAAGAUCAUCCUCUUAUUCGGAAAUGAACUCAAUAAUUAAGAAGGAUCAUUUUUAACCUUCAUAGAGCUAAGUCUACCUUAAAAAGGGGUUCAAGAGCUUUGAUGAAAUACAGUCCCCUGGUGACCUUCGCCAGAAAGCUGCAAGAGAAUAUUAACUGCACUAGGAUUUCUUUAAGAAGAAGUAAUGUUGAUUAAAGGAUGUAUUACUUCCCUUUGAAGGAAAAGCUUUUCGUGUGUAUUGUACAUAAAGUUGGCUUCUCUAAAGAACUGUCGGUUUCUUCCCUUCUGGGUCAGUUUGAGUAACUUUCUUAAAUAAUCAUGGAUACUCAAAUAGAAGCCUGCAAAUCAGUCUGCUAUGAAAAUAAAGAGGCAGUGCUAUCCAUUCAUAUUUGCAUUAGACAUAGAGUAACUAUUUUUAAAGCAUGUUAACAUUUUAGGUUUUAUUCAUGUUUAAAGUAUGUAUUAUGUAUGCAUAAUUUUGCUGUUGUUACUGAAACUUAAUUGUAUCAAGAAUCCUUUCAUUGCACUGAAUGCUUUCUUUUGCCCUUAGGAGAAAACUUAAUAAUUGUGCCUAAAAACUAUGGGCAGAUGUAUAAGACUAUACUAGCUAAAGUGAGCAUUUGCAUUUCCAUUGUUUAUGAAUUAGAGGCUGAGGUCAUUCUCAGCCAGUUUAGGGAGCCUCUUUCUCCCCAGAGUCUGGAGGUAAAGACUUAGAGCUCCCAUUGUAAUGUAAAAGCCAAGGACUCUGUGUUCUUCUGAAUGCUACUAACAGCACCAGCCUUGUUUUAAACAUUGUUUGUUUUUUUCUUGAGCUAGAAGAAAUAGCUGGCGUUGUAUAUGCAAAUUAUAUUGUAUUUUU